AGUUAUAGACGAGAUGAGGAACAGCUGUGUCUGGGCUUUGCUGACGCUUGGGAUGUGCCUGGUGGCCACCAGGGUCGCCGGUGAGACCAUGAUCGAGGUGGACGAGAAUGGGGAUGAGUACGAGCUGAAGCGAUUCUACAUUCAGGGUCGCCAACUGAGGGGCGAUGGCAGUCAGUCGCAGUGUGUGGUCACGAGGAGGAAGCGUUCGGGUCGUGCAGCAGGAUCGGUAUCGGCAGCGGCUCUAUCGGUCAGUUCGCAACCCGUGCCGGCGAAGGAACAUCGUGAGGGAGGAGCUGUUCUGCAGGAGGUGGAGAAUAACAAUAGACGUUUUGUUGCCCUGACGGGAGUCCACGUGGAGUCACCGCUUCCCCAGGGAGAUGUUCACAACGAUGACGACGACGAUGACGAGCAGGUGGACAAUGAUGGUGGCAAUCAGUCCAGUCAGUAUGUGCCCGCUGCCUUGGCUUUGCCACUGCAAAGUCAAUCCACUGCUUCCCAUUUGAAUCAGGGAGUCAGUGUGGUCGCCAAUGCCGCCAGUCACGCCAAUGUGGCCGAAGAUGCAGGCAUCGUGGUCGUUCAAUCGCAUCAGCCGCCCAAAGUCAAUCCCGAUACCCAUGCCGUUUUUGAGCUGAAGCCCGUUCAAUCGGAUGUUGCUCACCAGUCCGCUGGCAUUAGCUUUUAUCCCUUUGUGCAGCCCUGGGAACAGCAUGAGGAUGACUACGAUGAGGAUGACUACGACGAAGAGGACUACGAUGAUUUCUACUAUGGCGGCAAUGGCUUCUACAGAGAUCAGCCGGGCUUUAAUGGCCUGGGAGUUUUCGAGGAGGAGAUCAUCAGCGAGGACCAGCCCGUCUCUACGAUAGCCAGUUGGUCUACCGGUGAGGAUGAUAGCGACAUUCUGCCCGCCUUCAAUAAGCGGCCCAAUCAGAAGAACAAGAACAAGAAUAAGAACAAACAGAACCAGAAGCAGAAGAUUAAGAACCAGCAACAGAAGAUCAAACGCCAGCAGCAGAAGAAACGCAAGCAAGAGGCUCAAAAUGAUGAGCAGCCUGCGAAGCAAAAGAAGAAGCCGCAGCAGCAGGAUAAAGACCAGAAAAAGAAGCAGGAUAAGGAUCAGAAGAAGCCUGAGGAGAAUCAAAGCCAACAGGCGAUGGACCAGCUUACUCCCGUGGAAGUGAUCACGAAGCCCGUGGUCGUGGAACAAUCCUCAGUGGUUUCUUCCUCCACAAGUAGCAACAUUGCGGCGUCUUCCAGCAACAUUUCCUCUUCUUCGGGCAGCAAUUCUUCGGAUAAGAAGAAAAAGAAGAAGAAGAAGAAGAAGAAGCCUAGCAGCAGCAGCAGUGGCGGCAGCAGUCUCAGCCAGCGCAAGACCAAGAAGAAGAAGAAGAGGCCGUCUAGCAGCAGCAGCAUCAGCAGCAACAGCAACAAGCGUCGCCGACCGAGCAGCAGCAUUGAUUCUUCCAGCGGCAGCUCUCCCAUUGGUGGCUAUCGCCGCCGUCGUCCGCAGCAGCAGCAGUUGCAGCAGCAACGUCGCCGCAAAACGCAACAGCAGCAGAAGCGUCGCCGGCUGCAGCAACAACAGAAGCGACGCCGCCAGCAGCAACAACAACGCCGUCGAUUGCGCAACAAGAAUCGUCAAUUCUACGGCGAUGAGCCCAUCAUCAAUUGCAUUUACAUCAACAAGGACCCAGCGACGACCACUACGCCGCGUCCCUUCUGGAAUAUCCUGGGUCGCCAAUCGGAUUCAAAGCCCAGCGCCACCGAAUCCUCUGUAGUCUCUUCGGAAGAAUCCCAAACGGAUCCCGUGGCCAAGCAGGCUGUUCUUCAGGCCGUUCGUCGCAACUUUGGCGAAUUCGGUGGACGAAAGCGCACCAACUUGCGUUUCGUGUCCUAG